AUGGACAGUCCGACAGAGUCGUCUGCAUCGCAAAGCGAGGUGGAGGAGGACCUGCCGCCCAUCCUGCGAUUGUCCGGCGGCCUGCUCAAGGAGAUCGCACUUUCGCUCGAGUCGAGUCCAACGUACACUCAGGACCUGCUCUCGUUGACGUUGUCCUGCUCGCAAAUGGGAGUCGCUGCAGUUUCGGCCCUCUGGUUCGACCCGACUCGGCACAUCUACCGUGGCAAGCACGACAAGGCAAGCAACAAGCGCAACUGGAAUCGCUUUGAGACGGUCGUCGAGCGGUUAGCAAGGUACCCGUCGCUCGGGCAGCACGUCCGCGAACUCUACUUCCUCGGCGAGAUCACAUUCUGGAAGGCGCAUUCACUCCAGUUCUGGCUGCCGGCGCACGACGCAACCAUCGUGUCUCUCCUGGACGCCUGCCCGGCAAUCGACACUGUUGCCGUCUCGCCUUGGUCCACCCGACAAGGCGGACGCAACCCCUUCGUGUGGCUUCACCACCUGCGCAAACGGGAGGACAUCCACCAGCUUGUCAUCAAGCGCAUCCAUCCCGGAGCGACCUUCUGCAUCUCGACAUUCCCACUCGCCUUCCCGCCCCUCACAGCCGUCGCUUUGCACGACUUCGUCUGGCCGGCUGCAAGGCUCCUGCAGAUUCAUCUGCCGAGCCUGACGACAGUACGAGUCUCGUUGGAGUCGUGCGACAUCCCGAAUCUAGAAAGUUGGCGCGACGUCGGCUUCGACUGCCCAAAUCUCCAGCACCUGUCUCUCCACAUCGCCCGUCUACCCUCCGCCCUCCCAACCGGCCUCCUCCCUGCAUCUCUCCGAUGCCUCGUUCUCCAGCCCAGCAGCCUCGACGCCACGAGUGCCAAGGUGAAGAGGGAGGCGUUUGAAGAGUGGGCGCGCAACUCGACGAACCUGGUCCUCUCCUUACCUAAUCUCCCGAAGCUUGUCAACCUGCACAUCGAGCAAGCCUGGCUGUCGAUCAAAGCCUUCACCGCUUUCGCCCCGGGCGCUCCAAAGCUCGAGGAACUCAGUCUGCCGCACGCAGAAUGGUACGACGACGACGUUUGGGCCGGCGACGGUGACGAAGCCUUCCUUGAGCUCGUCUCCGCUUUCCCCCUCCUCCAGCGCGUCAAUCUCGGGGACGUUCCCUUGCGCCAGAAGGAACGAAGCCUUUCGCUGACGGAGGAAUACUGUCAUUUGAACCGGAUUGACCUCGACUUCGAGGUCUGGUGGAACGAGGCGGCUGCAGUGUGGCUCUUGACAUUUGUAGAGCAAGUUACGUUCACUGGGACCCCUUCUGAGCACGAAGAAUGCUGUCAGGAGGUCUGA